AUGUCUGAAUAGGAUGAUAUGUUUGAUUUCGAGAAUUAACAGAAUUGGUAUUCUGCAGAAUAUGAGGUUGAUUAUAAAGAAUCUGAGAAAUAACUAUUAGAAAGAAUAAUAGAGAAGUGCAAUAUGAACUUAUUAAAACGACAACUAGUUUGUUUGUUUGGUUUUCCAACCAUACAAGUAGACAGUAGUCAAAUAUUCUCUUAUCUUAAUGGGAUAAUGGAAUAAAAUGAAAAUGAAUAGAAACGAAUGAUUAGAGUGUUAAUAAGCUUCAUAGGUGAAGUUACCAGCAUAGAAGAUCAAGAGACUAGAUUAUAAACCAUAAGAAAUAGGGUUGAAUAAUUCCUAGCAAUAAAAGGAAUAAAAAUAGAAUGGAGUAACAAGGAAUGGGAAUAGGAAAUCGAAUCACUUUUUGAAUCCCGAUAUUGUAAUCCCUAUUAUAGUAAAAUACCUUAUACUUAGUUUGAAUAUGCUAAUUUCUUUGCUUUGUUAGAGAGUCCAAUGCCUAUGUUUUUGAGGAGUUUACAACAUAAAUGCUUUUGUUAAGUUUAUGAUGCAAAAUCUAUGGAUGAUUUUAAAUAAUUAUGUAACAUCACUGAUUUAAAAAAUGUGAGGAGGAUGAGAAAAUACAUUUAAUCAAUAAUAGAUAAAUUGGAAGAAUUUCGAAAUUUGAUUAUUAUGAUUGAAUCAAAAGAUUAUAAUGAUGGAACUGAUAUAAUUAACAGUUUUAAUUAAUUAUCUGGAGAACUAGAUAAAAUAAUAAAUAUAGAUUUAUAGUUAAGUGAUAAAUAUAGUAUAAAAUAAGAAGAUAGAUUUAGAUAUCUAAAUGAUGUAGAUAAUUAAACUGAAAAGAAUUCAAUAUCAUAUUUAGAAACUAAAACUUCUGCUAAAACUUUUACAACAAUAAAUUAAGGUAGUUUAGAUUGUAGAACUAAAAAGUAAAAGAAGAAAUAAAAAUAGACUGAAAAAUGCUAUUUUCCAUCAACUUUCUUGAAUUAUAUUGAUUCAGAAAAUAAUAUUAGUUAAGAAAACAGUUAAAAUUCAGAACCAAAAAAUGAAGAUCAACUUAUUAUAUAAGAUAAAUUUAGUUUUGAUACUGGAAUUCAUACAUAUUUAGCUAGUAAGUGUAAAUCAAUUGAAGAUAUUUUAAAGAAAAUAGAAAUUUAUGAAAAACAAUAAUUAUGUUUAUAAUUGAUAGGAUUUCCAUCUCCAAAAUUAGAAUAAGAUCGUUUAAAAUUAAUUCUAUCUAGUUAUAAUGAUAUAUAAAUAAAGAAAAAAACAUUAAUUGAAUAAAUUGUUUGUAGCAUUUGGGAAUCAUUAACAAUAAGAGAAAAUCAAUUAAAUAUUAUUGAUUAUGUGAAAAAACAAGCAUAAUAAUAAUUCUCAUCUAUAAAUUUAAAUGUAAAUUAAUAGGAAUUUGAUGAUAUUUUGUUAAAUUGUUAUGAGAAAUAAGCUUCUUUACCAUAUAAUAAAAAUUUUACAAUUUCUUCAUUUUCACUUGAAAAAUUAUCAAAAUUAGUAAAUCGAAAAUUCCCAGAAUCUUUUACAAUUAAUAAUUGUCUAACUAGUAUAUCUGUAUAUUAAUCAAAAAAUAUUAGACCUUUGGUUAAAUCAUUUAAUAGAUAAGAAAUCAAAAAAAUUAGAUUUAUUAGAACAUAUAUUAACGAUAUUUAUUAAAGUCUUGAGAAUUUAAUUUAAUUUAAAAAUAAAAUAAUUAAAACUAAAAUGAAUAAAUUUUUAGAUCAAUGUUAUAUUUAAGAAUUCAAUAAACUUGAAUUAAAUCAUAUAAAUUCAAUAGUAAAUAGAAAAAUACCAUAAUAAUAUGAUUAAAAUUAACAUUGUAUUAUAAUUGAAGAAAAAGACUCUUUAGAUGACUUUUUUAAUUAUAAUCAUAAAAUGAAUCAAAAUGCAAUUGAUAUAGAAAAUGAUAUAUUUUUAGAUGAAGAUUAAGAAGAUAAAUAAGUGUAAUAUAUUCAAUCAAAUAAAAAGGAGUAGUGUGAAAUGAAUAUUAAAUUUGAAUCAUUAACAGGAAUAGAAUAAUCUAAAUAAGAAUUAUUAGAAUAAUAAAAAUUACAAUAAUAAUAAUAAUAAUUUCUACAUGAAGAUUUGAUUUCCCCUGUUUAAAGAAAUUAUUGUCAUGAAUAUCAAUCACCUUGUUUUUUAAAUUCUCCCUGUUUUGAUUUUUGUUCACCUUUAGCAAAAUAAUAAAUAUUUUUUGGUCAUUCUGAAUUUGAUUAAUAAGAUAUUGAAUCACCUGAUCGAAUAAUAUUUUAAUUUCAACCUCCUCAUAAAUCCAAUUGA